AUCAUUCUUAACUCAAUGCAUAAAUACCAACCGCGGCUGCAUAUCGUGAAGGCGGAUGAGAACAACGCUUUCGGGUCGAAGAACACAGCCUUCUGCACCCACGUUUUUCCGGAGACGUCCUUUAUAUCGGUGACUUCCUACCAGAACCACAAGAUAACCCAGCUGAAAAUCGAAAACAACCCCUUCGCCAAGGGAUUCAGGGGGAGCGACGACAGCGACCUGCGCGUGGCACGGCUGCAAAGCAAAGAAUAUCCGGUAAUUUCCAAAAGCAUCAUGAGGCAGAGGUUGGUGUCCAGCCACGGCCAGCUUUCAACAAAGCCAGAUGUGAACCCACUUCACGGGAAUCACCAGACCCUGCAACAUUAUCAGUAUGAGAACGGUGCUCACAUGCAAUUUGCAGCUUCGGAUACUCAAGAUCUGCCACUAAACACCUUCACAGCACAGAGGGAUUCAGGGCUCUUCUAUCAUUGCCUAAAAAGAAGAGAAAGCGCUCGGCACCUGGACCUGCCCUGCAAACGCUCCUACCUGGAAGCCUCCUCGUCCGUAGGUGACGAUCACUAUUUCCGUUCCCCGCCUCCGUACGAUCAGCAGAUGCUGAGCCCGUCCUAUUGCAGUGAAGUGACGCCGCGGGAAGCGUGCAUGUACUCUGGUUCUGGGGCUGAAAUCGCUGGUGUCUCUACGGUCGAUGACUUGCCCCCUCCGCCUCCCCCCUUGAGCUGCAAUAUGUGGACUUCUGUCGCACCUUACACCAGCUACAGCGUUCAGACAAUGGAAACUGUCCCUUACCAGCCUUUCCCCGCUCAUUUCACUGCCGCCACCAUGAUGCCGCGGCUCCCGUCCAUCGCGGGUCAAGGCUCGCAGCCACCAGGUAACAGCCACUUCAGUGUCUACAACCAGCUGUCCCAGUCUCAGGUUCGGGAGCGCGUUCCUUCUUCAUCUUUUCCGAGGGAAAGGGUGCACCCGUCUGUGUGCGAGAGAAAACCCCCCUCUCCGCACCUAAACGCGGCGAACGAGUUCCUGUACUCACAAAGCUUUUCCUUGUCGAGGGAGUCGUCGCUGCAGUAUCAUUCAGGGAUAGGGACUGUGGAGAACUGGACUGACGGAUGA